AUGAUGACGGCAGCGGAGCUGGCGGCGUCCGGUUGGGCGGACAACGGGUCCCUGGGCUGGCCGCUGCAGGCGGUGCCGCGCGAUGCGCGCGACGACUUGGAUAUCCUCGCGAGCAUGGAGAAGCAGCAACGCGCUGGCGGGUUAAUCGACAUGCUAUCUGGCCCCGUCACCCCGUCCGCCACGCCCUCCCGCCGCUUCCAGGCGCAGCAGGAGCGCGAGUGGGACGAGCGCCAGCAGCGGCGGGAGCAGGAGCAGGCGGAGGCGGGGGGGUUGCCUUUUGAGAGUAUCGUCGCGGGCGCGAGAGACAGGCGCGCGCGGCAGCACGCGCGCAGCAGCAGCAGCAGCAGCAGCGUUCUUUGCGGCGCGAAUGGCGGCGUGGGAGGGGCAGCUGUGGCCGAUUCGGGCGAGAUCCCCGUAAUCUCCGGAGGUUUCGGCCAGGACCGGCAGACUCAGCAGGGACAGGGAGAAUCAGCGGCGCCGCGGGCGAGUCCGCAAGAAGCGGCGUGGAGUCCGCAGGUCUCGGACGCGAGCCCGUGGGGCGGGCGCGGCGCGACGCCCUCCGCGCCGUCCGCCGCGGUGGACCAUUUACCCUCGUUAGAAGCACUCUCGCGCUCGCCCCGGCGCGGCCGCGAGGCUCAUAAUAACGGAGGCGAGGAGAGCAGUAGCGAGGACGAGGGGAGGUACUACAAGGUUCCGGAUAUCACGGAGUAUAGGAAUAGGCGACGUCAGAGCGCGGGGAGUGCGGCGUCACCGGCGAGUAAAGUCACGCACGAGUAUUUCCGGGGCGGCGGAGUUGACGUUUCCUUUGCGGACUUUCUUGCUGCGCGCGCCAGUGCUGCUACCGCUGCUGGUGCUGGUGGCGGCGUGAAUGCUGCUGCUGCUGCUGCUGCUGGUGAUGUUGCCGGUGGUGAUGGUGGUGGUGGGUAUGGUGCCAAUACCGCGGCAGUUACUAGCGCGAACGAGGCUGGUGCGGGCGGGGAUGCACCUGGUAGUGGCGCGGCGGGAAAUUGGGGCACUGACGCUGACGUGGCAGCUGGCGCUGACGUAGCAACGGGGGCGCCGGAACGCGAAGCGGCUCCAGCUGGAGGGGAAGCGGGAAAUACGGGGGAGAGAGGCGACGAGAAUUUUGACUACUAUGAUUCAGAUGCUGCUGGGGAUGGUGUUGCGCCGUCAGUUGCGGCUGGAGCUGCGGUGGCGGUUGCGGUGGGCGCAGAGGCGGCCCACGGGAUGGCGGCCGGGGAGACAGCGGGCGCGGAUGACGGGGACGCGCGGGAAAGUACGCGGAAGCGCGGGGGAGGGCUUGGCGGAAGCUCGCGGAAGCACCAAGCGCGAUGGGGAUUGGCGGGAGGGAGGGAUGGGGACGGGGAGGAUGGCGCGGGACAGGCGGAAGAAGGCAAGGCGGAGUCGAGGCGGAGUCUGCGUGCACAGUGGAGCGCGCGAAGGUCAAGGCGCGGGGAGGGGGGAGCGCAUGGCGGAAACGAGCGGGGGAAGGGGGCGGCAGGGGGCACGCGGGAGGACCAAGGGGGCUUGGAGGGUUCCGCCAUAGGGGGAGAUCAGGAUAUGGCGGGGGAGGAGGCGGAGGGGCGAAGGAGACAGGUCAACGAAGGGCAGGGGGAGAAUGACUGGGGGGCUGCGGAGGUUGGGGGCCGAGGGGAAUGGUCAGGGGCCGCGGAAGGGUAUGGGACUGGGGAUGAGGGGGAAGAGGGGGGCAGGGAAAGAGGAGGAAAGAUGGAAGGGUGGGCAGAGAGGGGGGCCUAUGGGGACGAGCAGGGAAGGGCACAUGGAGAGUGGGGAGAAAAUGACAAGGGUGGGGGUGGGUAUGAAGAUGAUGGGGAUGAUGGUGAUGAUGGGGAAGACGGCGGAGAUGGCAUGGCGGAGUGUGGGCAGGAUCUGGCGCGGUCUGGGCAUGGCAUGGCGCGGUGGCAGGAGCAGGAGCAGCAGGAGCAGGAGGGGGAGGAGCAGGAGGAGCAGGAGGAGGAGGAGGAGGAGGAGGAGGAGGAGGGAAGUGCUACGCGGGUGGUGUCAGGGAAGCGGAAGCGAGAGCAGGGAGAGGCGGAGGGGGAGGGGGAAGGUGAGAGCGAGAGGGGAAGGGGAAAGGGGGAGCCCAGAGAGGAGGGUGUGAGGGACGAGGGUGAGGAAACAGGGCGUGGGUACGCGUAUGGCGCAGGGCGGGGAGAGUAUGGUGGAACGGGGGAGUAUGGUGGAACGGGGGAGUAUGGUGGAACGGGGGAGUAUGGAACGAGGGGACAGUAUGGGGCGAGUGGGGAGGACGAUAUGGUGACGAUGGGCAUGUCAGCGGAAUGGGAUGGGGGCAUGGCUGCUGCUGCGGCUCUUAUGGCCUCCGGAGGGGCAGCAGGGGACGGCACUGCAUCGAACACGGCCUCUGCCGCCAGUGCUGCUGCAUCCCCGUUACAAGCCUCUCCGUUUCAAGCCUCCUCUCCCUCUCCAAGCAGCACUGCUGCAUUUUCUGACCUGUCCUCGAUGAUGCCACCGGUGUUCCUCCCGCCUCCUGCUAUUCAGCAACCCACACCACCACUCCCCACCGCCUCCAACCAGAUUGACGACUGUGACUGCGAGGAGGACCCUCUACCACUCGCCUUUCUCCUCCGCGCCCACCACCCCCACCUGCUUCCCCCUGCUGCUGCUGCUUCUGCUGCUGCUUCUGCUGCUGCUGCUGCGCCCUACGCCCCUGCGCCCCCGCGCCCUCUCACACACGGGUUGUGGCGCAGAAACCACUCCGCCCUCACCACUGCCGCCCUCUCCUCCGCUGCUGCCGCCGCUGCUGCUGCCUCUGCCUCUAGCGCCUCUGCUGGUGCGGAUGCGCUGCUGCCUGUCCCUCGCUCCGUACUAAGCCGCACCGUCCGGCCUCCCUUUGCCUAUGCCGCUGCUGCUGCUCCUGCUGCCACCCACCCGCCUCCUCCUGCUGCUGAUACUGACCCAGCUGUUGCUUCAGGUGCUGGCGGUGAGGGAACGGAACCAGUUGCUACCGUUGCCUUCGCUGCAGCUCCCAACACCGUACAGCCACCAUUGAAAACAACAGCUGCUGACACCCCUGCUUCAGAGAAAACGCUCACCACGUUAGAGGAUUUUCAAGACUCACCACACAAGCAAGCCCCCGUAGAGCCAACUAAAGGUCGCACCCCGGUGCCAUCUACAGGGGAGAAUCUUGACUCCUCCCAGAAUGCGCCUGCUGCAUCUGCAGAGGCGCAUACAAGCACAGACGUUGCCAUUCCUCCACCUGACUUCGCUACAGUCACACCGCAGCAGCCCAGCGUAGCUUCGGUGCUCCCCAUCCUGGUCGCCUACGCCUCCCGACCCGGAGCCUUGGGCCGAGCCUCCAUGCUCUACCGCAUGCGCAGCUCAGGCGUCUCUUCCAUGCAUGCUUCUUUGGCCAACCACGACGCGACAGCUGGCGAGGGGAUGGAGGCGGGGGCGGUGGCACAGGCGCUGGAACGAUUGGGGGACGACGGCAGAAGUUCCAGCCAUGCUGACGCGGCAGUGGGUCCGGAUGACGUGGACGGUGAGCUGGAUGAGGUGGCAGUGGAGGCGAGUCUACGUCAGCUUGAGCUGGCACUAGAGCAAGGGCUGUUACCAGAUGAGGUGGAGGCAUUGAGGAGAGAGUUAGAAGCUCUGGUGGAGAGAGGUACACGGAGGGCGAGGAGAGGCUCGCAGGGGCAGGAGGGUGGGGAGGCGGAAAGGAGGGCUGUGGUUGGGACGGGAGAACGGGAGGGGGAAGGGGAGGUGGGUGUGAUGAGGGGAGAGGUGGAGAGGGAAAUGGGGUUGGGGGAAGAGGGUGGAGACGAGUUGGGGGAUGGGGCCGAGGGGGAUGGGGUUGAGGUGGAGAGAGAGGGGAGUGGAGGUGAGAGGGAGGAGGAAGGGGGGAGUGAGGAGGGGGAGGGGGGAUUUGGAAUGGAGAUGGAGAGGGAUGUGACGCCGUACCAUGAGAUGGAGGGAGGCAGGGAGGGCAGGGAGGGUGGGGAGGUGGAGAGGGAGCGAGAAGGUGAGGUGGAAAGGGAUGUUACUCCGUACCAUGAGAUGGAGGGGGACAGAGAGGGCAAGGAGGGAGAGAUGGAGGCAGAGAGGGAGAGAGAAGAGGAGGAGGUGGGAGAAGGGGAGACGGAGAGGGAGGGAGAAAGGGAGACGGAGAGGGAGGGAGAAGGGGAGAUGGAGAGGGAGGAGGAGAGAGCAGGCGGUGAGUAUGGUGGAUAUGAUGGGGAUGACAGGGAAGUAGUGGAAGGGGAACAGAGUGUGAAGGGAACGGCUGGUGAGAUGGAUGAGGCGGUUGAGAUGGGUGGGGAGGGUGAGGAGAGGGGUGAGGAGGCUGAGGUGGGGGUUGGUGAGCAGGCUCAGGAGGCUGGAGGUGAGGAGGUGGGGUGCGGUGAGGAGGAGUGCAAGGAUGCUGAAGGUGAGAAGGUGGGAACAGAUUUGAUAAACCACAAGCCUUGCUUACCAGCCCAGCUCAUUCCUGCACUCGCCAAGCCGCCUCUCCCGCCGUCCCUCUCUGCCCACGUCGACGCGCUCUCUGCUGACCUGGACGCUGAGUCAGCAGCGGCUGUAGCGGCGGCUGCAGCAGCGGUGUCAGCAGAGGUGGAGGAGAUGGGCGGCGGCUGUAGCACCAGCUGUAGCACAGCCAGCAGCCCAAGCCGCCUAGGUCUGGGUCUCAUGGGCGGCAUGAGCAUGAGCAGCACGGGCAGUGGCGGGGGGGUGCUGGGCGGAGGGAUGGGAAUGGGAAGCAGCCCUUUGAGUGUUACCGGUGGCGGGAUGAGUCCGGGUAGGGCUGCUGGUGUUGCAGGGGACAGGGGCGGCAGUGGUGGUGGUGGAGGAGGAGGAGGAGCAGCGGGAGCAGCGGGAGAGGAAGGAGUCGGUACAGGAGCAAUUGGGUCACACGCACAGGGGCGCAGCGGGGGUGGGGGAGCGGGAAGCGGAGGGGGAGCAGGGGGGGAGAAGGCGCUGUACACGGUGGGGCACUGGCUGAGGCAGGUGGACAUGGCGGAGGCGGAGGGGCGCCUGCACGUGGCAGUGCGCCUCUUUGAGCUGGCCGAGCGCUGCCACGCCCAGCCCGCCACCCUGCUCCGUGUUGCUCGCUCCCAGUUCAUGCGCCGCCACCGCUACUCCCUCUCCCUCUCCGCUGCUACUGCUGCUGGUGCUGGUGCUGCUGGUGCUGGUGCUGCUGGUGCUGGUGGUGCCGCUGCUGCUGCUGGUGGUGUUACUGCUGGUGUUGGUGCUGCUGGUGCUUCUGGUGGUGGUGGAAAUGGGGCUUUUGGUGUUGUUUCUGCUGGGGCGUCACCGCUGCUUUCCCCGGCCGCAUCACCGCUUCACACCGCUUUCCACCGCCCGUCAUCCUCCCCUCCUCGCUCCCCCCUCCCGCUCCCAUCCGCCAACCCCUCAUUCUCCCCCCUCUCCUCCCCUCCUCGCUCCCCUUCCCCCUUACCUCCGCCCGCUUCCCUCUCCGCCGUCCCCCUGCCCGCACCCCCGUCCCUCUCCCCCUUCCCCACGCCCCCGCCCCCCUCCCUCUCCGCGUUCCACUGGCGGCAGCAGCCCACAGAAGGUGGAAGCGAGCGGGGCACAGCAGGGGCAGGCGGGCAGGCAGGCGGAAACGCCUCUAGCCUUGCUUCCUCCCCCCCGCACUCGCCCCUCGCUGCCACUACCCCCGGCUCCUCCCCCCGCUCGACCUUCUCUCUCUCCCCUGCUGAUGCCCUCCCAGCACUGCCCAAAUCGUUUGGGUUGCGUAGGGGUGGUGUGGGCAGGCGGUUGGUGUUUGAGAGUGGGGGAGAAGGGAGGCGUGAGGAGGAAGAGGAGAGAGGAGGGGUGUGUGAGGGAGAGGGGGAGGUAGGUUCGUCUGCAGCCUCGAGUGUUGUCGGGAACCAGUUGGGGCGUGAGAGUGAAGGGGAAGGGAGGCGAGCAGGGGAGAGAGGAGAGGAGGGGCAGAGGGAGGAGGACGUAGGCGCUUUUGCAGCUGGUGCUGCUGGGGAUGAUAGCAGUGGUGGCAGCAGUUGUGAUGACGAUGGUGGUGAUGAUGGGAGGAGAGAGGAGGGAGAGGGUUUGAGUAUGCAGGGCGAUGGAGCGAAGGGAGAGGAGAUGAGGGAGAAUGGAGAGGAAUGGAGGUGGGAGGAGGUGCAAACGAGGGUAGACGGAGGAGUGGAGAAGGGUGAGGGGAGUGUUGGGAGCGGUGCAGAGAGUGCAGAUGUGGAGAUGACUCAGACGAGGGGAGGAGAAAGGAGGGAGGGUUGGGAGGAGCAGGAGAAUGGCUGGGAGCGUGCUGACCGGGUACAGGCAUGGGCACAUGAGAACCUCCCAGGGCCGGCACCAGAAGAAAACAGGAGCGGCAAUUCCCGGACCGGAGGCAACGGCUCGUUCUCAGGCUCGGAAGCAGGCUUGGAGUUUCCAGAGGGUAGUGGUGGGAACAGUGGCAGUGGAGGCAAGGGCAGUGGGAGGAGACACGGAACCUUGGCCGAUCAGGCAAAGUGGGGAGAGAGAGAGGCGGGGGGCAAUGAUGCUGCUGCUGCUGCUGCUGCUAGCGCUCAUGGCGCUGGUGUUGGUUCAAGUGGCUCUGGUGGUAGUGCAACUGGUGUUGGUGCUGGUGCAAUGGAUGGGGUUGAAGCAAGCAGAGUGCAAGUCGAUCCAAAUGGGAGGAUCACAGAGGAGCGAGAGAAAGAGCUGCUGGAGGUAACAACGAAGGGCGGUGAGGGCAAGGAGGAAGGAGCGGAAGCGGGUGAGAGAAGAGCGGAGAAGGAGCAAAACGGAGAGCGAAAGACAGAAUGGGAAGCGCGGGAAACUCAAGGGGGCAGAGAUGAACCCAUGCUAUGUGAGCUGACUUUUGAGUCGACUCAAAAGUCAGCGCGGGAACCUCAAGGGGGCAGAGAUGAACCCAUGCUAUGUCAAGCCACAGCCGCAGCAGCCACACCAGCAGCAGCAUCAGCAUCAGCAGCAGCAGCAGCAGCAGCAGCAGCAGCAGCAGCAACAGCAGUGGCGGCGGCAGGGAGAAGGGUGGCGGUGAGAGAGGGGAGUGUGCUGGCGAAGCUGAAGCGCGCCACAGCACAGCUGAGGCAGCUCAGGGAGAACUACCUGGGGGAGGGCCAACCUGGGGAGGCUCAACUGAAAGAAGACCAACAGGAUCAACAGGGGAAGGCUCAACUGAGGGAGGGUGCAGGUGACAGUGCAACUGCAGCAGGAGCAGAACUGGCAUCAGCGCCAGCACCAGCAGCAACAGGAUCACCUGCCGUGCCUGCGCGGCCUUCCCCCCCCCAAUCAUCCAUCCCCCUCUCCGCCUCUGCCUCCGCUGCUGCUGCUUCAGCCGCGGCUCGCCUUGCCGCUCGCACCAGUGGCAGCAACGGCAACCCUCUGGAGGCGAGGAGCCAUGCGGCAGGAACAGGGGCAGGAGGAACACUCCUCUCAGCAGGAAUGAAGCCUCAGGCAUCUGCGGCUGCUGCUGCUCCUCUUGCAGGAGGCACCUCCCUUGCGGGCGGCACUGCACCUCCUCCUCCUCUUGGAGGCACAGCAACGCUUGCACGGAUCUCAAUCCCAGGCCUCACUGGGCCAACACCAGCCCAAGGCUUGUUCGGGACAGGACCAGUUCCAAUGCCAAUCUCAAUGCCAAUCUCAAUGCCGGUCUUAGGACCGCAUUCAGGGCCGGUUUCGCCAGGAGCGAACGCCCCUGCGUCUCCCUUCGCCCGCGCGUCCUCCUCCUUCUCCCUUGGCCGCAUCCCCUCCUCUGAGUCCCUCCGCACUGAUCCUACCUUCUCUGUUUACGUUCGGAGGUCCGGCUCGGCCCGAACCUCGGCCUCGGCUGCGGAGACCGAGCCUAGCGAAGGGGUGGUGGAGGGAGGGAUGGAUGGUGGGAUGGAGGGAGGGAUGGGAGGGGAGGUUGGUGGGGAUGGGGGAGAGGCGGAUGCUGAGAGCAGGGAGAGGGGAGUUGGAGGAAGAGGAGUGCGCAGGGCAGAAGAGGAGGAAGGGAGGGAAGCACGGGAAGCUGGGUCCGCAGGGGAUGGGUCAAGAGCUAAUUCGUUCAUCCCUCCUCUCUCCCUCGACGCCACUCCUGCCAGCAGUGUACUCUCCUACCCUGACGCCUCCCUUCCUGCCAGACCCACUGCUGCCCCUGCUGCCGAAGCCACUCCUGCUUUCCCUGCCACAGCUCAUACAGCAGUUGGUGCGAGUGGUGUGGGUGGUGCGAGUGGUAGUGUUGGCAUUGGUGCUGGCAAGCCACGUUCUCCCCCUCUCUCUUCCACCUCUACUCGCCCCCCCGCUCUCUCGAUCCCCUCUCGUGCCCCAAGAGCAACGGCAACACAACACCAGAGCGAGAACACACAUGCACAGGCAGCCGCACAAGCAGCACGAGUCACGCCACUCCUACCGACUGCAGAUGCAGCAGCGCAGCCAGCAAGAGCACCAGCCACGCCACAGGCACCAACAGCCGUGGCUACUUCUGCAGGUGGGCCAGGGAUCCAGCCUUGGCUACCAAAGCAGGCAUCCACUCGCCUGGGAUCGGCUACGAAAUCAACCACGGCAGGUGCAGGUGGAAGGGCAGCUGCGCCUGCACCAACAGCUACGGCUGCUUCUCCUGCCCUGGCUGCUGCAGCUGGAAGGGCAGUCAGCGCAGCAAAGCAGGCCCCUCGAUCACCUCCCUUUGGCUCCUCCUCACCCCGCUCCACUUCCCCCAAGCCCUCCUCCACCGCUCUGCACUCCUCCCCUGUCAGGACACGGACACCUCUCUCCCACGCUCUUCAUUCCCCUCCCACUCGCCCCCGAUCUCCUACUGCCUCCCGCUCUCCUUCUCCCUCUGCUCGCUCUCCCCCGCUCUCUGCUCGCUCUCCUCCCCUCUCUGCUCGCUCUCCCCCCCUCGCUGCCCGCUCUCCUCCCCUCUCUAAUCGCUCUCCCCAGCGUCAGCCACAGCAGCAGCAGAAGCAACAGCAGCAGCAGGGCGGCAGCAGGCAUGCUGACAGCAGGGCAGGACCUGGACCAGCCAGGACCAUUCAUGACUCUCCUGCUGAGGCAGGUGUAUCUGAGGCCAUAUGUGGGGUCGCAUAUGGGGUAGGCAUGCAUGAGGUUGGCACAUCUGGGGGAGGUGUAUCUGUGGGAGGUGCAGGUGCAGGUGAGGUGAAGCGAUCGUGGGGUGGGUGGAGCAAGGGGUCUUCUGGUCAAUGGAUGAGUCAACUGAAGUCAAUGGAGGAAGGGAUGGGUCAAUUGGAGUCAAGCAAUGGAGAGACGAGUCAACCUAAGUCAACAUACGGAGAGACGAGUCAACUCCAGUCAAUGGAAAGAGAAACGAGUCAACCCAAUCCAUUAUAUGAGGAGACAAGUCAAAUCGAGUCAACACAUGGAGAUACGAGUCAACCUGAGUCAACGGAGAUGGAGACAAGUCAACCAAAGUCAACAGAGGGAGCAGUGCAGCAGGGGGGUGGGGUCGGGAGGUAUGGGGGGAUAGGGAGAAACGGAGGUGGUGGUGGUAUUGGUCGGUGUGGAGGAGUCGGGAGGUUCUCAGCCUCUGCUGCCACCCCUUCGGAGUCCUUCCUCAUCCUCCCCCCUGCUCUGGACCCUAAGGAUACUAUGCAUACCCAUUUGCACCCACCACACACACCCCAUGCACCACACACACCACACACACCACGCACACCCCACACACCACCUGCCCUCAGCUCUCCCCGUUCCUCCCACCCCCUCUCCCCUCGCACCCCGCUGCGAAACCUCUCCCCCUCGUCCUCUCAUCGCUCUCCACCAAUGGGAUCGCGCCACGUGGAGUCGCGGUACAUGGCAUCGGCCAUGGCAGCAGCAGCGCCGCCCGCCUCGCCCGCCAUUGCCAUGGCCAUGGGCGGCAGUCCAAGGGCGUACACCCACUCCAUGCGCGGAUCGGGCGGCACGGGCGGCAUGGGCGGCACAGGCAGCCCAUCAGACAGCACCCAGAGCUCUCUGCUGCUCCGAACCAGCGGCAGCUGCGGCAGCGGUGGCUUCGCCCUGCCUGCUGCUGUUGCUGGCAGUGCUAGUGGUACAGGCAGUGGGGGUGGCGAGAGGAGGGGGAGGAGCAGGGAGCAGCAGAUGGCAGCGAUGGUGGAGAAGUGGCCUACGAGCCUCAGAGGCAGUGGUCCUGCUGUGGGUGUGGUGGGGCGAGUGGGGGAGACGCACAGGGGUGCAGGUGCCAGGGCACGGCCUGCGUGGGGUAGUGGGGGUGGGUCGAAGCCAGCUUGGGGCAGUGGGCCUGGGGCAAAGAGGUGA